GAUGCUGCCGAGAGUAGCUACAGUUCAUCAGGAGACAAAAGAGCGACAAAAGAGGAAGAAUCGGAUGCAACGCGAAAUAUCGUGUCGGAUUCGAAUCGAUAGUGAAAAAAACGAGGCUUUAACGUAAUAAAGAAAAAGGAAGAGAGAGACUUUCGAGCGAAGGCAACAAGUGUGUGACGGUGCCAACUGCAGUUGUUGGAGUCGUGGCAACAUAUCGACGAUAUUCUAUUUUUUUCUAUUCUGCCAAUUUUGACUUUGGUGCGCGCCGAGAAUGAAUCUCUCAGUCAGUGCGGCGAUUCUGUGCGUCCUGGUCGUAGCUCUGCUGCCGGAAACGACGUACGCCAGGCCACCUCAUUGGCUUCUCAAUCGGCAUAGACGUGUUUCCGAUCAGAGGCUCGCCGAGAUUGAAACGAUGCUGGGACUAGAAAAAGUGAAGGGCGUCGCAGUUCCUGUGGGACUUGGCAAGAUUGAUCCAGCUAUUAUAGGUCGUAAACGAAGAUCCAUCCCGGAAAGUGACCUCGCGAAACCGCAAGGUCCCUCGAUGCUGAUCAACCCAGACGUGGAUUCCGCUCCGGGUCAAUCCGGCCAAGUCCCGUUACUUUGGAAGAAGGAUCCACGGGAGAAACAGAGGAACUAUCAGUUGAUUUAAUUCAGAAGCUCGACGCGUCACUCGAGAACGAGGCGAAAGUCAGCGAGAGAGAAACGGAAGAGGAAAGGAAGAAAAGAGGAAGAGAAAGAGAAGCGGAAGGAGAAAGGAGAAAUAGGAAGUAGGACAAUUUAAAAAUAUCACACAUACAUACACACACGCACACGAAUACACACCCAUACACACACGGACGUACAUAUAUUUAAUUGAUCUCUCAACGAUCCGUGAUCCAUCGACAACGCGCUAUUACGGACCAGCUUCCGUCCGAGCUUCAGAAACUUCCUCACGAAUUUAACGUCUUAAGAGAUAAGUAAUUAACCCGACGAAAGUGGAAAACGAAUGAAAGGUGAAUUACGCGCGAAAUUACGAGUGUGGGGGCGAAUUACGCGCGUAAAGAACACACGUGUAAAAAGCUAAACGGCAGCACACAGCAGGGGAUAACGAAAGUGUACGGCGAAUUACCGUAUAAAGUACGGUAUAUCCCCGAGCGAAUGGCACAAUUGUGUCCAGACUGCGUUCUUUAUUUAAGUAUUUGAGGCUUAAUGAGAACAAUAUUUUACAUAAAUAUGUCUUACAUGGUACAUUCGUGUUAUCCACGCGAUACGUUCAUGAUAACGCUGAAUGUCCUUUGUAGAUCCUGACUUAUAUUUCGGUUACGAUGAUUAUUUUAGUCAGCCGUUACGUCUGUUUUGCGAGAUGCUUCAAUCGUCAUUUCGUGGCAAAAUCGCGGGAGAUCAUUUAAUCGGUUUUUCUCGAACUGGCGACGCCAGUUUCUUUCCGCGAAAUCCGUUGCGAUCUCGAGUAUUUGAUUUGUCAUCGAAUCGCGAAAAUGAGAAAAGCCGUUUCGUUCUCUCGCUUUUCACAAUUUUACAAUUCGGAAAUUAAUUAAAAUUUUACGAAAUGAAUCUCAAUGUAAGUUUGCGUUUGACCGCCGAUCGAUUAAAUCUGCCAUCUCAAUUAGUUUCAAUUAUCUUCUGCUGUGAAUGCAACGAAAGACGGAGUGAACGCGGAAUCUUGUCUAAACCAUGACUGAUCGAGUUGUCUUUCUAAAACGAAGAAGAACGAUCUGAUGCUAUGCAGUCUGUAAUUACAAUCGCGUACAAGACAAAAGUAUCACACUCGUCAUUGGCAUACGUCGAAAUCAUGUUCACUCUGUCUGUUUUUUUUUGUUUUUUUUUUAUAAAUUUUCGUUGUCUGCCGAUAAUGUUUCUUAUUUUCUUCUUUCUUGUUUAUUGACACAUGUAUUAUUCUAUUUUAGUACGAAGGACCAAGAUUAACAUUUAUUGUGAAUCUUAAAGCAUUGCUACGCGCUACGUGCAGCAGCACGUGUUGCAUUCCGGGCUCGGCCAUGUACGAUUAUGAUUUUUAUUUAUUUAUUUAGUUUUUAAUGCAAUAUUGCGAUAAUGAUAAAAAUUUGUGUGUCGAAUCGAAAAAAAAAUAUUGGUCCAUCAAUGAGAUUCGCAGCCGUACAGUAAAUGCGGCGAAUACAUUGAGAAACGACACGAAACGUUUGACACGAGACUAUGUCUUAGUAAAUUAUUAAUAUUUGAAUUCUAGACAGAUUUUAUUUAUUUUACAAGUUCGAUUUUUCGGGACUUGCUUUAAAUACUGUUAGUAUUAAUCAUCAGACUCGCGUCUAUGCCUCCGCGAGUCUGCGUUCCUUACUAUUUACUACUUAUCGUCUUAUUUAUAUGUAUAAUAUCUACUAUUUAUUUAUUUAUGUAUUUAUUUAUUUAUUUAAUUAUUUAUUUAUUUAUUCGUUAGACAUAAUUGCGGCUAUGCUUGUAAGACGUGAACUAUCAACAAUUGUCAAAAGAUUCGGUCGCUGUAUUGAGCAGCGAGCGAAACUUGUACUUUCUUUCUCAUUCACUAAUCACGUCGUCGGAUUACUUUGAAAAAAAUGUAUACGCGAAUGCAAUAAAAAAAAAAUAAUCAAUUAUUCAUGC